AUGAGCUCGUUUUUCCUUGAAAAGUCAUUGUUCGAUCGAACCAAAGAGGAAUGGCUUGAACUGCUAUACGAAGAAUCGUUGUUGUGCUCGAAACCGCCGCCGAUUGGAUACGAUAUCGGGAUGACAUUGGCCCAUUUGCUAGCAAUUCCGAUUUAUGUUUCCGCAUUUUAUGGCUCUAUUGUACAAAAUUCGUCGACGUUUCAAAAUUAUAAAAAAUACGUUAUAUUCCACACGAUAUGUAACUUGGCUUUCGAAUUCCAUCUGUCCAUUGUGAUGAAACCCGUCUUAUAUCUUCCAUACUCAUUGGUCAGAUUUUGCGGAUUCUGGAAGUUUCGAUAUCAACUUUCUACUCAAUAUUCGAAAUGUGUUAUUAUCGCCUCAUGA